GCGCUGUAAAGAGUUUACUGCUUUCUGAUAGAUGCGAGGAGAGAUAUUUAUUUAUAUGAUAGCUUAUUACAAUAGAAAAAGGUUGCGAAGAUUAUUUAUAAUUUGUCAAGUAGUGUUGGAAAUUUAUUGUUAAUGAAGAACAAUAUAACAAUGACACAAACAUCACUGAAGUGCGGUUGUAGCAUAAACUUAAUUGUUCACAUUAUCAAUUCAAUUUUUUUGUUGCUAGUGCUAGUUAUACAAGGAAGCAUGCUCAAUUUUUGUUUAAUACUACAUAAUGAAGGUACUGCUGGUUGGUAUUUCUGGUUUUUGGCUGACUUUUUAGUUCUCAUUGGAUUCAUGGCUUCUGGAAUUAUUUCCUAUAAAUUUUAUAAGAGAAAGGCAAGAUUACAACAGGAAGGACAUCCAGAAGAUGUUGUUGAUUCCAUGCUCACUCCAUCAACUAGAUUUGGAAUAUUGCCACUCUGUUAUAUGGUUUGGCUAUUUUAUGCCUUACUAUUAACAACGAAAAUUAUUUUAUUGUUUAAAAUGAAUAUUGCACAAACUCUUGAUUCAACAGUUACAUUCAGUCCUCAAAUGUUGAAAGUUGUAAUUGCACUCUCCAUAAUUGUAUUUAUGCUUUUGGUUGUUAUUCAUAAUAAUGCAAAAAGACAUUCUCAUCAUUACAAUUACUUUAAUGAUCUAAUUAGCAGCACUUCUUUUGAAAUAUUAGAUAGUGUCACAUUUUUGAGCAUCUUGUUUGUUAAUGAAACAAAACUUAUUCUUCCAUAUUCAUUAGAAAAUGCCAUUUUAAUUUUGUCUUGUGUAAAUUUCCUUCUUCCAACAUUAGCAUUAUAUAUGCUUAGUCAGUCAAAAUUUGGUAUACACUUGUCUUCUCCAAAUCUUACCUUUUUAUACAAUUUUCUUCAUCUUGUUUUGAUAAACUUACCAUAUUUUGCUAUACGUGUCCAUUUAUGGACAAAUUUUGAUCGUGAUGUCUCUCUGUUUCUUUUAAAAAAUGUUUUACUUAUAUUAAUAAGGUCUCAAAAUAUUGUUUCAGGUUUUCAGUAUUGGUUGAAAUUAUGGAAAGAGAGAAAACAUAAAUAUAAGCAUCCCACAGAAAGCAAUUUAGAAUUGGGAAUAAUAAGUAGACAAUCUGAGCAUUCAGAAGAGAGUACAAUGAUACAUAUGGAUGAAAUUAAUUUAAAUACUAAAUUUGCUGACAAGUCACAUUUAUAAAAAAAAAAGAAGAAGAAGAAAAAAUGGAAAAUAUAUUAUAUGAUAUUGUAUAGUAUAAA